AAUGGCGGGGAAAGGAGGUAAGGGGCUUCUUGCAGCAAAAACCACCGCAGCUAACAAGGACAAAGAGAAGGACAAGAAAAGACCUAUUUCUCGUUCUUCCCGUGCUGGAAUCCAGUUUCCUGUGGGCCGUAUCCAUAGGCAGCUUAAACAAAGGGUUCAGGCGAAUGGACGUGUUGGAGCCACUGCUGCUGUGUACUUGGCUUCCAUUCAUGAGUACCUGACAGCAGAAGUUCUUGAAUUGGCUGGGAAUGCAAGCAAGGAUCUGAAGGUGAAGAGGAUAACACCAAGGCAUUUGCAGCUGGCUAUCCGCGGAGAUGAGGAGCUUGACACCCUUAUUAAAGGGACUAUUGCUGGUGGUGGUGUCAUCCCUCAUAUUCACAAGUCUUUGAUCAACAAAACCUCCAAGGAAUAAGCUUAACCAUCAUCAU